AUGGCUACUCAAGCAGACUCUCAGUUAGCAGCUAAGCUUCAUAGCUGGUGUCGUGAAGCAUGCUUAGACCCAAACCAUGCUUUUGUCCUGUUUGACGUGCCGACUAAUACUGACCAAGCAGACAUUGAAGAGACUGUUCAGACAGUAAAGGCACUUGGGAGAGUAAAGGUACGGGACGUCCAAAGUGACAUUCAGACUGGCAGCAACCUGGUACUCUGUGAAUGCCGUGAAGUUGUACAGUCAGAUCACAUUCCCCCCCAACUGCAGCCAGUGAAGGGAGGCUCAGAAUGGAAAAUUUUCCUCUUCAAUGAACCUGUGAGCCCAGCUGAAGAUUUUUUAGCUAAGCUAAACAAACUAAUGACUGAUGAAGGAAAAUCAGUAAAUGAUGUUCAAGCCAUGCUGACUACAGAGACUCCACAAGGAAGCUCCCCAGAGCCCAUCAUCCGAGCAGUGGGAGACCUGUUGGGAAAAACGAUGAGACCUACCAGUGAGAACAAUGCGUUUCGACGUCUGCGGAUGUUCUCUGGAAACCUUCCCACGCCGCCAGGAGAGGAGAGCCUUGACCAUUGGCUCGAACAAGCUUAUCUAAUGAUUGAAGAAUGUGACUGCUCUGAACGUGAGAAACGAAAGAGAAUAGUCGAGAGCUUAAAGGGGCCGGCCCUGGAAAUAAUUCAGGCUGUACGACUAAACGACCCCGAUGCUAGCCCUGACUGCUAUGUAAAGGCCUUGGAAAGUGCCUUUGGCACGCCCGUGUCAGGAGAAGACUUAUAUUUUGCCUUCAGGAGCCUUCACCAACAGUCUGGUGAAAAGCUCUCUGACUUUUUAAGGAGGCUGGAACGCUCGUUGACCAAAGUAGUGCAGAAAGGAGGCCUUCUCAGCCACAGAGCCGAUCAUGCUCGAAUUCACCAACUCAUUAGAGGUGCUACUGACUCUGAUAUGAUGCUGUUACAGUUGAGAUUGAGAGAAAGAAAAGAGAAACCUCCUACCUUCUUAAAGCUCCUAAAUGAGAUUCGUGAAGAGGAGGAAUAUGAGACAGCUCGACGAAAAUUAACUACAACAGUAAGACAAGUACAAGUCAGAGACCAAGCCAAUACCAAAGCUACAGAAGACCAAAAGUUGAAGGCAGAGAUUCAAGAGCUUCGUGCAGAGCUUGGUGAGCUAAGGGAAAAGCAGCAAGACGAAGUUCAAAUGUUGAGGCAACAGGUGCUGCAGCUACAACAUCAGCUAACUGUGAUGUCUGUAUCUCACAGUCCUGUGACUGCAGACCCUAAAAAGAGGGAUGGGAAGGCCAGACCCAGCCCAGCAGCUAAACCACAUAAUGCCAAAGACUCAGAGAGCUUCUUCUGUGACAGAUGCGGAGAAAAUGGUCAUAUUGCCACACACUGCACAGCCCCAGAGAACAGCCCAAAAGUAAUCCAAAAAUUACUCGGUGCUCUGCGCAAAAGUAAGGAAGAUAAAGCGUCACACAAAAGGUUUGCUGAGUCGAAGCAGGUUGGUCCAGUCUACACACAGCAGCCUCGUAACCUGCCACAAGGACUGCUUGGCCCAUCCAUGAUGGCUGAUGUGAAAAUUGAUGGUCAACCCUGUAGAGCCAUUUUAGACAGCGGCUCCAGAGUCACUAUCAUCUUUGAGAGUUGGCACACCAGACUCCUUCCCAAUGUGCCCAUUCACCCACUCAAAGACCUUGCCAUAUGGGGACUGAGUGACACUAGCUAUCCAUAUACAGGCUAUGUGGCAGUUGAGCUGGGACUGCCUCCUAAUUCCAAGGGAGUUGAAGAAAUAGUUCCCGUGGUAGCUCUAAUAUGCCCUGAUUCGCCAAGUCCUGACCCAGUUCCUGUUGUCAUUGGCACUAAUACAACAAAAUAG